CUCUAGCACCCUCUUGGAAUACAAGCCUCGCCUCGGACCGGAAGGAAGCAGGCUGGGGACGCUCUAGGCAGGCGUGCCUCAGACGCGGCUGACGUUGGAGACAACAAAGAUGGCGGCGGGAGGCGGAGGCAGCGUCGGGAGCAGCAACUACUGGGAAGACCUGCGGAAGCAAGCCCGGCAGCUGGAGAACGAGUUGGACCUGAAGCUGGUCUCCUUCAGCAAGCUCUGCACCAGCUACAGCCACGGCAGCGCCCGAGACGGAAGGCGCGACAGGUAUAGCUCCGACACGACUCCGCUCCUGAACGGAUCGAGCCAAGACCGGAUGUUCGAAACGAUGGCGGUGGAGAUCGAGCAGCUCCUGGGGAAGCUCACGGGGAUCAACGACAAGAUGUCGGAGUACGCCAACAGCGCCGGGGUGCCCUCCCUCAACGCGGCCCUGAUGCACACCCUGCAGCGGCACCGGGACAUCUUGCAGGACUACACCCACGAAUUCCACAAAACCAAAACCAACUUCCUCGCCGUCCGUGAAAGGGAAAACCUCCUCGGCUCGGUGCGGAAAGAUAUCGAAUCCUACAAAAGCGGGAGCGGCGUCAACAACCGGCGGACGGAGCUCUUCUUGAAGGAGCACGAACACCUCCGAAAUUCUGACCGGCUGAUUGAAGAAACAAUAAGCAUUGCCAUGGCGACCAAGGAAAACAUGACCUCCCAGCGAGGGAUGAUGAAGUCCAUUCAGAGCAAGAUGAACUCCUUGGCCAACCGCUUCCCGGCCGUCAACAGCCUGAUCCAGCGGAUCAACCUGCGCAAGCGCCGCGACACCUUCAUCCUGGGCGCCGUCAUCGGGAUCUGCACCAUCCUCCUCCUCCUCUACGCAUUCCAUUGACGGACGCUGUGCGCCCGGACCACGAGAGAGACUUUCGGGGGGGGGGGGUGUCGACAUGCGUGGCCCCCUCCCUCCCUCCCUCCCAUUAAGGCCCAGUUCUUACAGCUUUGGGGAAACCGAGGCAGGGACGCUCUCUCCGUCCCUUCCUUCCCAUCACUGGAGUUUGGGCUCGGUUCCCAUUCUCCGCCCUGUUUUGGACUGGGACUCCCAGUAUCCCCCAGCCCACGCAGUGGGGAUACUGGCGGUCGGAUUCCGUCCGCCCCUUCCAAAAAAUAACUCCAAGGAAUUUAAUUAAAUCACUUUGGAAGCCUCGUUUCAA